AUGUCAUACUAUUCCUACGACGACGAUGAGGAUCUCGACAUCCGCGUGCGCAGAGGCCGAGCAUCUCCACACAUAACCCCCGUUAUCUAUCCCGAGCACCGCUAUGCGCGUCCCCCAGCGCGUCCCUACUACGACCACCCGAGCGGCAGCGGGUAUCUGGUGCCCCAGAUGGGCGGCCCCUUGCAGAGAUCGCGUUCGACGGGGCAUCGAGCGAGUCCGCCGCCACCACCACCACCUCAGCCCAUCGUGAUCAAUAACCGCGUCUACAAUGAUCUCGACGACGACGAGCACGAGCGCCGGGAAUACCUACAGCUGGCUCCUAAGCGAUCCCACCACCGCUCGCACUCGCACGCGCACUCGCACUCCCGCUCCCGCUCUCGCUCGCAUUCGCGGGCUUCCUCGGGCCAUUCCUCGCGCGAUAGUAUGGAUAGGCGGUUGAGGGAGGAGUAUGAGAUUGAACGCGCACGGGACAAGGCGCGCAGAGAGUACGAGGCGCAGCUGGUUCACACAAGGAGGGAAUACGAGUUCGAGAAGUCCAAGACGAAGAAAGAUCUCGAGCUAGAGAAGACGCGUAAGGAGCUCGAGGCGUUAAAGCUGGAAGCUGAGCGCGAGGCGGAGGAGAAGCGGCUGAAGAAGGAGAUGGAGCUUGCUCGUCUCAAGGAGGAGAGGCGUAAAGCAGAAGAGAAGAAACGUGCCGAAAAGGAAGCGGAUGAGGCGGUAGAGAAGUGGAAGAAGAAGGAGGCGGAAAGAGUUGCGAGGGAAAAGAGGGAAGAGGAGGAGGCGAUAGAGAGGUUCAAGAGAAAGCAGGCGAGGGAGAAGGAGGAGCAGGAGGAGGCCAUGGAGAAGUUCAAGAGAAAGGAGGCAGAGAGGGUUGCGAAGGAGAAGAAGGAGAAGGAGGAGAGGGAUAAGGAGUAUGAUAGGAGGCUAGAGCAGGAUCUGAGGAGGUCUGGAUUGGAUGAGAGGCAGAUUGCUGUUAUCACCAAAAAGGAGCAGGCCAUCGAUCCCAACAGACCUACAUACACCAGAAUGUCCCGCAGACAUCUCUCGAUCGAAACACUAAACAAGUACAGGAUUGACUACACGUUCGAUCAGGAUCCUGACUACAUCUUGAUCAAACGCUGGGUUCCCGAGUUCGAGCAAGACUUCCUCUGGUCCCACACCAGGGAAAUCCGAGAGCGCAGAAGGCCAACAUUGAUUGCAAUUGAAGACCGCAAGCAUCACCACAGCGAGCCGGAAUUCGAAUUCGUCAGAAAGAAGGAGCACAAGAGAAAGCCAUCUCCUUCUCCGCUGUUGGCUUACUUGGCUGGUGGCAAAGGUCGCUAA